GAUAUUUCACAAAGAGUUAUUGGGAGCUGGUGAUGGCUUUGUUCGAGACAGAUUGUGCGUCAUUUGGAGAUUAGACCUCCUCCUCCCAGUCUAGGUAGACAACCCAGAAGAUCGAGCAGUCAUUUCUUCCAAGGCUCAGCCGUGGACAGGUCAACUGAUACCAGACUUUAAGGACAAUCCAAGGAAGAGAGAGAGAGGAACCAGAAGGGAUCUUUACCAGAAGACCCUAGGGGUGAUUUUUUUUUUUAGUACCUGUCUGGCCCAUAAAACCAGCUCUUGGCUCCUGGACAACCUUGUAUGACGUCCACACGAUUCCGGUUAUUUCGUGUCGUUUGGUGAACUAGUUCCAUACAGGUUGAGGUUGCGAGAGGAAGGGCACAGCCAAGGCUUGUUUACUGCUACCCCGUCGAAGAGGAGCCUCGUUCCCCUGAAUGGACUAACUCCGCAGAACCCGUCCCCUCCACCACCCUCUCCUGCUGAAGAUCCCCAAAAACUCGGAGAAGCAGCCAUCAUGGAGGUUGGUGUUCGGGCCUUCGUCCCCUGCCUGCUGGCCUUCCUGCUCUGCCACGGGAUGGCCAAGCCCCGCAGGCUCUCCAGCCGCUCCGACCCCAGCCAAGAGGGUCUCGGCUCGGGAGCCGGCUCGGUCCCGGAUCGGACGCCCGCUCCCCGCUACGCCUGCCCUCCCCGCUGCCGAUGUCACGUCACCGUGGUGCAGUGCUCCAAUCUCGGACUCAUCAAGGUUCCUCCGUACAUUCCAUCCGACACUGCCGUCCUGGAUCUCCAGAAUAACAAGAUAAGGGAACUGACGGAGAGAGACUUCAGAAACCUGCAGAAUCUCCGGAUUUUGAUUCUGGUGAACAACAGGCUGCGGAAGGUCCACUCCAGAGCCCUGGCCCCUCUCCACACCCUCCGGCGUCUGUACCUGUCCAAGAACCUGAUCAGCCACGUCCCGGACAACAUGCCCAACACCCUCGUGGAACUUCACCUCUGUGACAACAAAAUCAAAUUUGUGAAGAAGAAGCCGUUUGACAAGAUGUCCAACAUGUUUGCACUUGAGUUGAGUAGGAACCCACUGCUGCCCAAGGGGAUAGCCAAAGGGGCCUUCGAAGGGCUGAAGUCCCUGUAUUACCUCCGCAUCACCGAGACCGGACUCACUGAGAUCCCAAAAGAUCUGCCAAGUUCAAUAUCUGAGAUACAUCUUGAUCGCAACAAAAUUCUCAGAGUGGACGCGGAUGAUUUCAAAAACCUCCACAGUUUGAUCAGGUUGAGACUCAGCUCCAACAAGAUCCGGCACUUUGCCAACGUGACCAUCGGGCACAUGCCGAACCUGCAGGACCUCCACCUGGACAACAACAGGCUCGUUGCCGUUCCACCCGGACUGCCCCAGCACAAGAACAUCAUGGCUCUCUAUCUCAACGACAACCACGUGGCCCACGUCAAGAGCGGUGACUUCUGCCCACAGUACGAUGACCCGACCAAGACGCCCUACAGCAGGAUCAGCCUCUACGGGAACCCCAUCCCCUACUGGGAGAUCCAGCCGGGCGUCUUCCGCUGUGCGCUCGACUGGAUCUUCAUCCAAUUAGAACGACCCAACUGAAGCCUGAUCGCCCCCUGCGACUGGGACCAGAUCCCCGAGCCCCGGUCUCCAGCUGAGUCCUUUCAUCUCAACAUAAGGCCGUCUUUCUGUCCUGGGCCUCCUCCAUGGCCAGAGUGAGGCCCAGCGCAAAUUGGAGGAGCAGCACCUCAUAUUUCGCUUGGGUAGUUUACACCCCAGCGGUAUGAAUCAAA